UUACGUGUGUGUUUGCCUGUGCAUACCACCUACUUCUCCAUGCGCUGGUGAGAGUGGAGGGUACAUGCGAAGACAAUUGCAGGAGGAAUUGCCCAGAGCAACCCUCGGAUCUUGCGGGAGGGGGCAGGCUUCCGAGUUUCUCUUGAGUACCCAUCUCCUCUCCAUAUAUGUCCCAUCAAUCCAAGCGAGACAGGACUGAUGCGCAAAUAAGGAAAGCAGGUAGAGGCAGUAAUCCAAACUUCUCAAGGCCAGGGGCGGCAGCUGGCGGCGCGAAGGGGGGUGCUGACCCCGGAGGAGGUCCGCGCAGCUCUCAAGGUUCCGGACGGGGGGGAAGGGGCGCAAAUGGACCUCCUCGUGGGUAUCGGGGCAGCCAGAGUGUGGGGCUUCCGCAAGAGGGGGGCGGAGGAGGAGGAGGGAUUUUUAACAAAGGUUUCAAUGCCCGGCCGCCAUCUCCUCGCGAGCCACUGCCAGUGCAGCAAGGGGGGCCACGACAAGGAGCUGCGUCCGGAGAUCUACAUCAACACGCUCAGACGGGGUUUCUUGGACAGGGGGGGGCAGCGAUGAGAGGGGGGGUGGUUGGGGGUCCUAGCGGAGUGGCGAGCAAUAUGGCUGUAGGGGGGCCUGGGCCUGUCCGCGGCCCCGCGCCGGGCUCUGGACCAGUUCCUGGUCGCCCUCCGGGCCCGCCGUCACCGGCGACUACGAGUGGGAGUGGGCGAGGGGGCGGAGGAGUAGGAGGGGAAGGUAGAGGGAAGGGAGCUGGGACCAUGGUUGGAGGUGGGCCUGGGGGCGCAGGUGCUGUCGGGCGCCCGCCUGCACCGACACCGGCGGCAGCAACAGCGGCGGGAACGGUGGCAUCUCCGCCAACUCCGUUGCCUUCAAGUGCGACCCACCCAGCGAUAUCGGCUGCGCCGCCGGCUUCUCCGUCAGUGUCCGACAAUCAAGUGCCAAACAACAGGCAACCUCCGGUGCAGACUUAUUUUCAGUUCGGCAGCGUCUCUCCGGCGCUCUUCGGCCAUGGCCCAAACCUACCGAUUCCUGCGCGCACCAGUUCUGCCCCGCCGUCCAUGGAUGAAUUUCGUCGCAGUGAGCAACAGGGAAGGUUUGAACAGUUCUAUCCUGGGAAGGCGCCUGCAGCAUUUCGUGUACCAUUUGGCGGAGUGGCUGCAGGAGGCGAGCCAGGGAGUGGGAAGGACCCCUCGAAGGACCACCCCAGUGGAAGGCCAGGUGUACCGCAAGCACAGGGUCCUGGGAUCAUGCAGUCACAGCCACCAGUGCAGAGCCAUACCGAAGGGAACACUUCACAAGGGCAUGCUCAACAGCAUUAUCAACACCAACAGCAGGGGAGCACCAAUGUUGGAGGCAGUGGUGGUGGCAGGCCUACUGCAGGGCUGAGUGGGAGACCAGGACAUUUCCAACAAGGUGCAGUCCCCCAAUCUCAAGCACCACAGUCAGCCCCACAACCUGUAGCAAGGUCUGUUCCUGCACAGGGUGGGCCUCCUGUGUCGCAACGUGUUCCCGCGACCAAUGCUUCCACUGCGUCCACAGGGCCAGUCUUGCAGCUUGUGAAUGCACCACCGACACCCUCGUCUCCAAGGAGCAUGGAACCCCCGAAGCAAGUGCCACAUCAAUCACCGGCGCUCGGACCUCAGCCACCUCCUCAUGUUCAGGUGCCACAGUCACACCCACAAUCCUUUUCACAUCCGAAGCUGCACCCAAUGCAGCUCAACGUUCAGCAGCAGCAUCCACAUUUGGCACAUCCACAACAAUCACAUUUACACUCGCAGCAGGGACCACCUUCGCCGCAGGUGCAAGUGCAUGUGCAGUCUCACCCUCAACAUCAGCAAGCAAGGCAGCACUCCGUCACACAUUCACAUCCACACCCACCUCCACAGCCUCCGUUUCCCCAUUCCCAGCAGCAACCACCACCACCUCCACUAACAUUUUCACAUUCACAGCAGCCUUCACAGUCACAGGCACCAGGGUAUUCACAGCAUCAUUCUUCUUCUCAAUCGCUGCACGGGCCACAUAAACAGCAGCAACAGCAGCAGCCACCGUCCUUGAUUCACGCUCAGCCUCUUUCCUCCCCUGGUGCACAGGGUGUUCCCUCUUCACAUUCACAGCUGCAGCCGCACCUAAACUUGGCGAAGCCUUCAAACAGUCAUCAACAGCAGCAGGGAGGUCCAUGGACGAGUAAUGUCCAUUCUCCACUUCAAUCGCAUGGCCACGCAUCUAUGCAUUCUAUUUCGCAUGUUCAUCCCCCGCCUGCUCCGCCACCUCCCCAUCAGCAGCAACAGCAGCAGCAGCAGCAGCAACAGCAGCAACAGCAGCAACAGCAGCAACAGCAGCAGCAGCAACAACAACAGCAGCAACAACAUCAGACUGUGCAUCUUCCAGGACAUCAAUUGGGGCAUCAGCCGGGACCUCAGCCAGGGCAUCAGCAACAUCAACAAGGUCACCAACAGCACCAACAACACCAACAACACCAGCACCAUCCGCAGCAUCCGCAGCAUCCGCAGCAUCAACAGCAUCAACAGCAUCAGCAGCAUCAGCAGGGUCAUCUCAACCAUCAGCAGGGGCAUCUUCACCAUCCACCGCUUGCGCAGCAGCAUCAUGCAACAAAGAUGCAUCCCCACGGGCACAAUCAUUCCCCUCCACACCCGAUCCCCCCUUCUCACUCCCAUCCACAUCAGUCUCAGGUGGCGCAUGUGCAGCAGGUUCACUCAGCUGCACAUUCAUCUCUGCCACCGUCCGCUGCACCUGCUUUAAGCCAACCGCAUGGCCAUGGGCAGAUUCAUCCCCAUAAGACGGGGCAUGUACAAGGUCCAUCACAUGGGCAAGCCUCUUCUCAGGCCUCCCAAAUGUUAGGAAUCUCUCAGGGGAUGCCUCACAUGCAGGCACCAAUGCACUCUCACUCAAUGGGUCACACAUCAGCUGCUGCAGGGCAAGCACACAUUCCACCGCACAUUCAGAGCCACGUCCAAGUGCAGUCACAUUUGCAGCCGCCUCAUUCCCAAGGUGGAACGAUGCAUGUGCCUGGUAUGCAAAUGACAACGUCAUCGGCUGUGCAGGUGCCUGCACAAGGUGCGGUUCAAGCACAUGUCAUCUCACCAACCCAAGUACUAGGGCCUCAAGUAAUUGGCCAGCCACCUGGUCUUGGACCUUCACAGUUGCCUACAUUGGGAACUGCAAUCAAGUAUGGGCAUCCUCAGGGAUCAAUGAUUGGGGCAGGGCAGCAUGGACCUCCGAUGCUGACAGGUGCAAUUGCGGGGCCAAUGACAGGCCAGAUGCCAGGACAGAUAGGGGGCGGUCAAAUAGGUGGAGUGGUGUCACCUCAGCUUGGCCAGUCUGUAUCGGGACCUCCAGCAUUUAUUACGGCGAGUGCAGUUCAGCCCAGUGCCACAACAGUGCUGCCUCCAAGGAUGAAUAGAGCUGUGAAGAUUGUGGAUCCUGACACUCACCAAGAGGUGAAGGUGGACAAAGUGACUCCUACCAACCCGCCCACAACCUCUAUGGGAGGUGUGAUCCGAGGAGGGGCAGUUCCUCCUCAGAGGGCUACUGGGACUCUUGUGACAUAUAGUCAGACGCAACAAGUAAUGCCUGCUCAGACACCUUACUACAGUGUAUCUGCAGCCGGUCCACCAUAUACAGCAAAUGUUGCAGCGUUCUAUUCAGCGCAACCUGCUCCACCUCCAGCUCUGAAAGCUCCUGUUUCUACAGGCCCUGUUGGCACGCCAUCUAUGGUGUCACAGCCUACAAAGUUUUCUUACAAUGCUUCAACUGUGCCGGGAUCUGCUAGUUCCUCAUUGUCUGCUAAUGUUCCUCCCUAUGUAGCACAGCAGGGAAACAUAGCUGCUUCAUCAUCAGCGUCUGGGGCAAGCUUAAAAGUUGGUGUUGCUGAUGUGAAAAGUGUAAGUGGUGGCACAUCUUCUGGGAUAUCUGCUACGGAGGCUUGUGCUUUGCCAAAGGGUGAUGCACCCCGUCCCAUUCCGGUGAGUUCUUCUGCAUCCGAGAGCGAGCCAGCUUCUGUUGAUGUUCACCAAGGGGUUACAGGCACAGCGGCCCGUGCUGCCAGUGUCCAGAGCUCGCAAGGAGGGGCAGAUGGUCUCACUGUAUCUGCUCCUGCUGUGACAGUCUCAGUUACUGUGCCUGAGACGUCCUUGGACCUAAAUGCCUCCGUUUCGCGGUUGAAAUUUGGUCAGUUCGACCCGGAUUCUCCAGUUUCCAGGGCUCAAGUAUCUGAAGGUGAGGGGGGCCGUGGGGCCAUCAAUGCAAAGAUGGUGCAGGACGGGAUCUCUUCUCGGGUAACAUCAUCUGCAGGGCCUGAGUCUGGGAGGGCAGCAGAAUUGCCAUUGAAGACAAUUGGAGAUUUGGCAUCAAAAGGUGACAGUGCUCCGGGGUGGGCAAGUGGCACUAUGGUAGCUGUGCAAAGCAACACGAUCACUGUCCCUAUGAGGACCGAGAGUGCACCGCCACAGGUAAUGGUUCCCAAGGAUGUGACGCCAUCGAAGGAAGAGCAUGCCAUAGUAACGUCUAAAACAGGUGGAAGUGUUGGAGCGAAGGAUCAGAGUGGGAAAAAGGCGAGAAAGGAGCAGACACAGCUACAAGGAAAGAGUCCAUUAGAUGUGGAGAAACAUGCACAAGGGGACUCAAUUGAACAGGCAGUGCUGCAUGAACAAGGAUCACAAGAUAACUAUCAAGAGAGGGUAGAAAUGCAGAGCCAGGCACAUGAAAAGAAAAACUCCGAUUCCCAGUUGAAGAAGCAGCAAUCGCUGACGGGCUUCCCAGAGCGGCAGCAAGGGCCACAUCAGGGUAUCCACGAGCAACUGCCAUCGACUACACAGCAAUCACAAGAGCAGAGGAUGAAGGACGAGUCUCAUUCCAAUCAGUUGAAAUCUGCUUCAUCUCAGGCUCGAACUACUCCUGAGGAUCCUCUUGUGCAGCAGAAUCAACGAGAUCGUGCUCAUGAAGAUUGUUGUGUGACAGACAACCAUCAGACCCAUCAGCAGCAGCAGGCAGCUCAACAGGGCUCUUCUGAGGCGAUGGGUGGUCCUAGCCCGAAGAUUCAGAAUUCGGCAGGUGCUUCAACUGCUAGUCUGGGACCAAAGGUACCGUCUAGUAUUCAGAAUUCCGCAGGCGCUUCAACUCAAAGUCAGGGACCAAAGGUACCGUCUAGUACUGCAAAGUCUGGAGGAAUUCUGCAAGUUUCGUCAGUCAAUCCCGUUUUGGAUUCGAAAAUGCAGGCAGCAAAUAGUGGAGUUCUGGAUGGUGGAGGGAAAGCUGGGAAACCGAGUGCUGAUUCUGAGUCAUCCACGUCAGUUCCAGUCCCUUUGUCAGGUGUAUCCUCAGUAGCAUCGCCACAUGUGCCGAGAGGACCUGUUCAUGAAGCAGCUGUAGAGAAGGGAUAUGAUGCUAACCGGGGAGCUGCCUUGGAGGGGAGGGACGUGUCUUUGAGGCCGGGCAGCACACGUCCAGCAUUGCGUAGCUCACGGGGACGCAGUAGAGACCCAUCUCCAGCUGGUGCUGGGGUGACAGAAGCUGAGUCAAAACCUAUAAAGAGUGCUAGCUUACAACAGACUGCUGGAAAGACUGCGGUGACAUCAGUGCCGAAACCUAAUUCAAGAGAGAGUCCAAACUUGGGGGCACCCGCAAGGCCGUUGGGGAAGAAUGAUGGUAGCGGGAAUGGUGGGUUGCGAUCAAGAGAGCCCUCUCCGGGGAGGGGCCUGAUCGCACCCAAGGCAAGUGAUGAUAGUGUUCCGCAGGUUCCUGAUCCAGACAAAGGAGAUGCUAAGAUGGGCAAGAGUAGUGUUGGCAAUGAGAUUGCUGACACUCUGAAACUAGCGAGUGACUCUAAGUCGGUUGCUAGUCCUGCCCCAGUUGUGAAGUCAUCUGCAUCGUGGAAGGAUGCUGUAGCUGGCAAGGGACUCGCAAGGACAGUUUCGGCAGGCAAGAGUAGUGACAAAGAUGACCAUGGUGAGAAAGGCACUUGUGGGAACGUGAACGAGGGAAGUGAUGGUGGUAUCAAGGGCAGAGAAAGUUCAGGAGAUGUGGCUGUGAAAGCUCCUAAAGCACCGCUUGCAGUGACUUCUGCUUCUGAAGUGGGUGGAAGCGCGGCUCCCCUAGCAAAUACAGGAAGAGAGGAAGGAGGUGGGAUGGUAAGAGGUGUUGAGAAGGUUUCCCCUAGUGGUUCCACGGGGAAGGAUUCAACUAAAAAAGAGAAAUCGGGUUCUUUGUCGAAAAAGGAAGAUGCCAAAGAGAGAGUGGAUACAAGCUUAACCUUAAAGCCAGAUGGUAAGGAGAAACAGAAAAGAGUGGAUAGCAGCACGGGCUCAAAGGCAGAUGCGAAGGAAAAAGUUUCUUCAGCAGCAAGUGCCAAGGCAGAAGAGAAAGGAAGUGCUUCGGUUGGUCAGGCCAGACCCCAUUCAGAGGAAAAGGAGACGCCGGUUACAAAAGAGGAACCCCAAUCUGGUAAAGGUGCGGGGAAGGAUUCAGCUAGAGAAGGAGGAGGUGGGAUGGUGAGAGGUGCCGAGAAGGUUUCCCCUAGUGGUUCCACGGGGAAGGAUUCAGCUAAAAAAGAGAAAUCGGGUUCUUCUUUGAAAAAAGAAGAUGUCAAAGAGAGAGUGGAUGCGAGCAUGACCUCGAAGCCAGAUGGUAAGGAGAAAUUGAAAAGAGUGGAUAGCAGUACGGGCUCAAAGGGGGAUGCGAAGGAUAAAGUUUCUUCAGCAGCAAAUGCCAAGGCAGAAGAGAAAGGCACGGGAUCAAAGGGGGAUGUGAAGGAGAAAAUUUCUUCAGCAGCAAGUGCCAAGGCAGAAGAGAAAGGCAGUGCUUUGGUUGGUCAGGCAAGCAUGACCUCAAAGCUAGAUGGUAAGGAGAAAUUGAAAAGAGUGGAUAGCAGCACGGGCUCAAAGGCAGAUGCAAAGGAGAAAGUUUCUUCAGCAGCAAGUGCCAAGGCAGAAGAGAAAGGACGUGAUAGCAGCACGGGCUCAAAGGCAGAUGCAAAGGAGAAAGUUUCUUCAGCAGCAAGUGCCAAGUCAGAAGAGAAAGGACGUGCUUUGGUUGGUCAGGCCAAACUCCAUUCAGAGGAAAAGGAGACGCCGAUUACGAAAGGGGAACUCCAUUCUGGUAAAGGUGAGGGGACGGGCAUGGCAGGUAAAGCUGCUGCUGAGAGUAAAACUCAAAAGGGAGUUGCAGGUGAGGAUACAUCCCCAGUGGUUAAAUUGGUCAGUAAGGAUAAACGCAAGAAGGAACAGAGCACUUCUCACAAAGAAUUAUCGAGCACUUCUCACAAGGAAUCAGCACCUGCAGUUUCACAACAGUUUGGACGUGCUUCACAGAAGGAAGCUGAGUCGGAGGCUGUCAUUAACAAGGAGUCUCGGACUAUGUCCCAAAAAGACUCUCGUGCACUGUCUCAGAAGACGGGCUCUGCAUCUCAAAAGCAAAGUACCAAUGCACAGGAAAAUGCAGACAGCAGGCAGAAGGAAGUAGCUGUUCGGGAGAAAGUGCGUUCUGAGGGGGGUUCUGAGAGAGUGGCAGCAGCCUCUCUCAAGAAGGGUGGUUUAGCGUCCACAGCCGAGGAGGUAAUGCCUCCGAAGGAAACUAUGCAUCAGAGGGAUGCGGCUCCUCUAGAAAAGGAUGGCGGGACACCCCUCGCUGCUCAAAAAGAUACCCCCUCCACGGUGGCAGUACUUAAAACUGCGCAACUGCCCGGGGCUACCUCAUUUGCUCUCAGGCCUGCAUGGCUGUCCAGAUCUGCAAAGGAGGCCACGACAGCAGGGAAGGAGGCCCGAGGAGCAAAGGAUUUGGGGGUUAUCUCAAAGGAAGUCGGUGCUGAGCGGGACUCGGUGACAGUGGCAAGUGCUGACAAAGAAAGUUUGCCUGCUGUGAAAGACACAACGGUCAACUCCACUGGGACUUCUUCAAGUCAAGUGGUGGAUGAAUCGAGGCAGAAGAGAGGUGCAGUGGAGGCUCGUGAUGCAGAUAUGCAGCAGGUUAAAUCUUCUGUCCAGGCGUCAACAACACAAAACGUGAAAUUGUUGGAAGUCAACGGUACAGGUGCACCUGAAGAUGGUAAUGGUGGAAAGGAAGAAGAAGCUCGGAGUGUUGCAAGUGCGGACAGCCUAAGUGCACAAGAGAAGCCUCUAAGUAAGGGAGUGUGCCAAACCACUGAAACGGGUACUGUAGACUCUGUCACUACCUCGGACUUCCCACAAUCACAUGCUGUGUAUGGUUCUGGGCACCUGCCAAGACAAGAGUUUGUAGCAGAUGACAAGUCAGCCUCAGUGUCCGUGCCACCUGAAACGUGUAGGUUGCCGACAUCCCCGGAUAAUGGAGUGUGUGCUAGUGAGCUCCGGGUUAGUCCGCAUGGGAAUGUGGCAACACUAUCUGAUGUAACAUUGGACACUGACAAGGUGGUGACAGGCACGGCAGGGCAAGAGAAAGAAAGGAGUGGAAGCAGAAACAGUAUCUCUGGUGAAAAUGAUGGAGCCAAGGUGGGGGCAACAGCCAUGAACGGAUCUGUGGAAGGGCUGCACAGUGCUCCUAAGGUUGAGAAGGGAGCUGAGGAAGAGAGUUCGCGUCAUUUAGAUUCGUCAGAUUUGGCAGUGACUCCAAAUAGGUCUCUGCCGCUAUUGAGGAUGGCCAAUGCUAGGAGUACCCCCCCUGGAUUUGAUGUGACUGAGAGAGCACAGGCACCCCCUGAUCGUCAGACUACUGGACUUGACCCUUGUCUUGGCAGGAGUGGCACUGAAAACUCGGGGGUUGAAAAUGACGGUUCUGCUGUUGGGCUUGCUGGAAACGUGCACAACUCCAAUAUGAGCUCCACUAGUGUUGUUAAGGUGGCAGAAGAGAUGCCACGCCCACCAUCGUCUGGUGGGAGGUCUGAUGCCAACAGUGAGUCUAAUACCAACACUCAAGGUAAAAAACCGAAAAGUAGAAAGAACACUCUGAAGGAAGUGCUCUCAAGGGCAGACAAGGCAGGGGCAAGCGGUGACAUCUACAAUGCAUAUAGGGCGCCCGAGGAUGUUGAGAAGACAAAGCCUGUUGCAUCUGACGAUUCAGGGAGCUCGCGCCCAGGAUCAAGAGCUGGAUCACGUCCAGGGACACCGGCGUCGAGGAAGGAGACCUCGACAACGAUUCCUGCGGUAGUGACACUGGAACCACCUAUGCCAAAGGAAGUUGACGACUGGGAAACUGCAGCAGACCUCUCAACAAAGCCUCCCAUAGAAGUCGAGGACGUUGACAUCCCACUAGGAAGCCAAGUCGUGAAGAGGUAUACAAGGGAUUUCCUGCUGACAUUCAGGGAUGCUUGGACCGACCUGCCACCUGACUGGGAUAUCAGUAGGGAUGUGGCAAGGGACCUUUUGACUAACCCUCUAGCGCUUCAGAUGAUGGAUGCGAACAUGAGACCUUCAACUGGCGGCAGCAGUCGGCCCAGCUCAGGUUCAUUGCCAGGUGGCAAAGUUGCGGAAGAAAAGUGGGUUAGGGACAGUGCUGGCCCUAGAACAAGUACUCCUCCAGGGAGACCCAUGCAUCAGGAUGCUCGGAUAGACCCACAGAGUGCUAGUGGUGUUCUCGGGCCACCAUCAUUCCCUCCAGGACAAGGGGUGGCAAUGCGGGUUGGUGCCGGCGGUCUCAGGCCUCCCAAUAGCUCCUUGCUACCUGGAGUUCCAGGCAUGAUGCCAAUCAUUCCAGGAAUGCCUGGCUUGCCUUUUCCGGCAAUGUUUGCUCCUCGGAGUGGCGUGGAUGCAGAUUCUUGGAAGCGCUCGACAAUGAUGAGACCUAUGGUUACCCCUCCUGUUGGACCCAGUGCUGCAUUACCUGCAAUUCACAAGGCAGAGAAUCGAUUUGUUGUGGGUGCUGUGACGGAUGAAGAGGAAAAGAAGCAGAGGCGCGUGAAGGGUAUACUUAACAAACUCACCCCUCAGAACUUUGAUAAGCUAUUUGAACAGGUGAAGUCUGUUGACAUAGACUCUUCGAGCACUCUCACAGGGGUCAUCUCACAGAUUUUUGACAAAGCCCUGCUGGAGCCAACGUUUUGUGAAAUGUAUGCCCAGUUCUGCCACAGGCUGGCUGGUGAUCUGCCAGAGUUCGGGGAAGGCAGUAAUAAGAUCACAUUCAAAAGAGUCUUGCUAAACAAAUGUCAAGACGAGUUUGAGAGGGGUGAUAGGGAACAAGCGGAUGCGGAGAGGAAUGAGGAAAACCUAUCACAUGUUGAGAAGGAAGCAAAGAAGACUAAUGCGCGGAGGCGAAUGCUGGGAAAUAUACGCUUCAUAGGGGAGCUGUUUAAAAAGCAGAUGCUGACUGAGAAGAUCAUGCAUGAGUGCAUAAAGAAGCUUCUUGGUGAUAUUGAGAACUCCGAGGAGGAGGAUAUCGAGUCUUUAUGCAAGCUUCUCACCACUAUUGGUCACACGCUCGACCAUCCAAAAGCUCAUCAGCACAUGGAUAGCUAUUUCAAGAGGAUGGAAAGGCUUACAACCAAUCAGAAGUUGUCAUCGAGGAUAAGGUUUAUGGUGCUGGAUGUGAUAGAGUUGCGUGACAAUGGGUGGAGGGAACGCAGGAAGGUGGAUGGCCCUAAGAAGAUAGAGGAUGUGCACAGGGAUGCUGUCAAUGAGAGGGCAGCAGCAGUGUCUCAAGCACUGAGAGGGCCAGUGAUUAGAGCAUCCAUGGGGGACAGACCUAGAGGAAGGGAAAGGCUUGGAGUUGGUCCUCCUGUGUCAUCCCCCGAUUUCUUGGCACGUUCCUCUCUUCAGGGCCCUUUGUUCGGUCCAGGCUCUUCACUACCAGUCUGCAGGACAUCUCUGCCAUCUAGGGGGAGCUUUGGUGAUGGAAGACCAGACGAUAGAUUUGCAUCGCAAGUGCCUCUUCGGUCACCAGCGGAUGAAGGACCGAUUUCACUUACUCCUCAGAGCCAACUUAGCAGAGGUAUGCCUGUUAGAGGUGCUGGUGCCCCAGGAGUCAGGAGUGGAAGUGGCAUGCUAGGAAUGGGUGUUGGAGGGCCCCACAGCGCUGUUGCUGAUGUUGCACCCCCUAGGGGAUUGAUGUCAGGGAUAGGUAUGGGGGUGGAUAGGGAAAGGGAGUCUCUAUUGCCGGGGCGAGACAUGCCGAGAGAAUUAUCAAGAGAAAUGCCGAGAGAGAUGCCAAGAGAGUUAUCGAGAGAAAUGCCGAGAGAGAUGGCAAGAGAGAUGUCGCUUGGACGAGAGCCAUUGCUAGCAAGGGACUCCAGCCUGGGGAGGGAAGCAAUGUUGGCUAGAGAGCGAAUGGGGGUGAGGGAUCACAUGGGAGUGAGGGAUCACCCCAGUAUCAAUGAGCAGAUGCCUGGGCGUGAACAUUUGGGAAGCAGAGACCACAUGGGUGCCAGGGAGCAUGCCAUUGGCAGCCGUGAGUACAUUACUGGCAGAGAGCAUGUCGGUGUUCGGGACCAUGUAGGGGCGAGGGAUCGUGUGGGGAGUAGUAGAGAUCACAUGGGGGUUGGGAGGGACCAUUUAGGGGCCAGUCGGGACCACAUUGGUGCAGUCAGAGACCACAUGGGUGGGGCAAGAGACCACAUGAGCGGUAGGGAGAUGUUGGGAAGGGAUUCGAUGGGAAGGGACCUGGGGAUGCUUGGCAGGGCGGAGCCUGGCAGGGAAUCUUUGGUAGGUAGAAGUGAUGUGUACCGCCCAUCGAGUUCAGGGAGUGAUGUAUAUCGGCCACCAAGUGCAGGGAGUGAUGCUUAUAGGCCAGCAAGUGCAGGCAGUGAUGUGUAUCGAAUGCCAACAGCAGGGAGUGACGUGUAUCGGCCACCAAAUGCGGCGAGCGAUGUGUAUCGGCCACCAAGUGCAGAACGACCUCUGACUCCUGGUGGGGGGAUGAGAGAUGAUCGGGGAGGCUAUGGCAGCAUGAGUUCGGCGUAUGGGUACGCACGUGACCUUCACAGCUCACAAGGAUCUUUACCAGUGUCGUAUGGGAGGGAACGUCCUGUCACUCCCCCUUCUGCUUUGCAUUCGGCUUCCAGGCCGCAGACGCCUCAACAAAUGCCGGAGGACAUUCUCGUGAUAAAGAGCAGAAGUCUGGUCGAGGAAUAUUACAGCAUACGUGAUUUGAAGGAGGCUGCCAUGUGUUUGGAGGAGUUGAGAGCGCCAGCCUAUCAUCCACAAAUGGUGUUCAACUGGGUCGAAAGGUCAUUUGAGAAGAACGAUGUGGAGAGAGAGUUGCUUGCCAAGCUGCUUGUUCAUCUGAACAAGGCAGGAGGGCUGAUCACUGUGGAGCAAAUGGCAAAGGCGUUUGUGAUGGUCCUUAGAUCUCUCGAUGAAAUGGUGAUAGACAUUCCUAAAGCUCCUCAGUGGGUUGCAGCGAUGCUUGCAAAGCUUGUGGUUGGAGGAGUAUUCGCACUGUCAGUUGCUGGAAACAUGUUGAGGGACGAGCCGGGAGACAGCAUGCUGAACGAACAAGGAUCAAGGAUGAUUGCCACAGUGCUUGAUGUUAUUCGCAAGGAGAGAGGAGAAGAGGAGAUGGCUUCGGCAUUCAAUGCUUCUGGCUUGCGGAUUGAAGAUUUUUUGUCGCCCAUGGAGAGGAGGAGGGGUGUAGAGGCUUUUUUGGAGAGGGAGAUGCUCUUGUCACUCAUGCCGGUGCGUGCGAGAGCUGUUGAAGACCUCCCUCAAGCUGGAGCUAUGGCGCCACAGGUAAGUGCCAGGUUUGCUUCUUCAAGAUUUUGUGGUCGCAAUGCAGAGGGCAACCAACUUGAAUAUCUGUUUGCUGUCCAGCAGUAUUUCUCCAGCCUUGGGGAACCUCGUGGCCUUGCACGAACUCUGUUUUCUGACUUAUAUGAAGCGAAGAUUGUUUGCCCGGAGGUUUUUGAGAGAUGGUCAGAAGAUGUCAAGGACCCUACACCAGGAAAGAAGAGGGCUAUUCUGGAUACGCAUACGUUUAUAGAUUUGAUAAAACAACGAUUGCGAGAGGACGAAGAGGUGGAAGGAGAUUGAGAGUCUCCAAGGGGCACUGUUGUUGCCUCUCAGUUGCAAACGAUUCAAACAAUUCCAGCGAAGGCAGAUGUUGGUGGGAUGGCUCAGUGGGGCAGAACAUGAUGGGGGAGGACGGGAUUGUGUAUGGAGGAAGAACUGGUGGGUCUCAAUGGAACAGACAUUUGCCUUCCUCUGUAUCAGCAUUGCUUUGUAUGAUUUUGAUUCAAUGACAACGAGAGAUAAUGGCUGUGCUUCUUGGCGAGAGAAGGUGGCUGGUGUUCGCUAUCGUCGGCUCGUGUGUCCUUUUUUCUCUUGUAGAUUUCUGUUGCAUUUACGUGCUUGCUCCACAUGUUUCUAAUCUUUCACUUCUGUGCUGGUUUUUUUUUUUUUUUUUUUUUUUUUUUUUUUUUUUGGUCUGGACCCACCCUCCGCUCCUCUCAUUGGUGUGGUGUUCCCCAACAACGAUAAUUGCAGCUUGUCCUCUUUUAACUACUUAACGAGGUGUGGUUGCCUUUUCUCAUAUGUAAGAGGCAUGCCCACACGCACACAGGGCAUGCAAAGUGCUUUGGCAUUUUGUGCAUAUGCGCUGUGUACCGUACCGAGCUCGCUGGUCUCAUUUUUUGUUAGCUGCUCUGUGUUCUGCAAUUGACUUUCGACUCUUGAAUGGCAAUUGUCAUUCAGUCCAUUUAACUCACCUGCAACGGGGUGGGUGGUGAAUAAGCAUCAUGGCAGUCUUGCCCGUGAAUUUUGGUUUUUCAACACGGGCCACAGUGAGA